GUGACGGGACGCUGCUUUGUUCAGCAGCAGCAGUUUGGCGCCACAUAGAGGACAACAGCGAAACGACAGUACCAGCAGCUAACGUUAGCCAACAAACCCAAGUAACUUGGCUAGGUUUAGUAGAUUGGAGAAGAUGGAUACAAUCACACGAGAAGAUAUCAGUCCACAAACUGAGAAAGAGCUUACUUCACCACUCUCCCCCAAAAGACCAAGGACAGAUUGCACAAUGACAAACAGCCACAGCGGCAAAAACAGGUUUGACUUUCCAGAGCUUCUAAAAUUUCGGAAAACCAUCUGCGCCUCAUCAUCAACAACAACUACCUUACAGGAGAAUGUGGGUCUAGUGUGCAUUGCAGAAUGUGGGGAUAUUGAAGAUGACAAACGUCCUGAGCAACCACAAGACACUCAGUUAACUGUCAUCCCUAUUACUAGGUUGACUACUUCACACGACGCACACACAGAAUCAUCUGAAGUCUGUUUGAUCGCUGUUGAGAGAAGCUUCAAACUGCUGGUGAGAGAUGAGCAGCUUUCAGUUUCUGAGACUUACAAACUCAGCUCAUACCCAACAGAUGAUGCAGGUAGGGCAUUAGCAGAAUCUCACACUUCAAAAGACGCUAGCACUGACACGUCCAGUCAUCCUGAAUGCAACUGGCUGGGGAAAUCACUUGAACACGAGCCCCCUGGUUGUUGCAUUCUUCACGCUGGAAAUGACGAAUAUGGGAGACAGGUGCAAAAUAGUGUCAGUCAAAUCCAAGCAUUCACCCUCAAUUCCAGUGAUGAGGGGGUCAGAUGUCAGUCAGAUUGCAUUCAUGGAGAUGCGUUAUAUGACACAGGUUUCUGUAAUGCAUGGAGCCAAUCUGCAGAAGUGGAAGACAGUAAUCAGAAGAGGGGUGAGCAUGGAUUUAGUGAGACUAUCCUUUUCAGCGAGGAAAAGGCAGAAGAUAACAGACCCAAAUCUUCCCCUGAUUAUGCAGUCUCUAAAUCAUUCUACUCAAACCCUGAAGAGCAAUCCUCUGGGAGCGUGGUAGAAAGUGUAAAAAAUGAGGAAAGAAUAUUAGAAUUUCAGAUAUGUGACACUGAAAAUGUUGCCAUCUGUGAUGGGGAAACAAAAGGCCAAGUUAAUGAGAAUGGCAUCAGCAACAACUCUAUCCCUUCUGCUGAUGAAUGUGCUAAGGGAUCAAUGGUUUGUUAUGAUGUGGUAUUAGCCAGAAAUAUUGCAAUUGAGAGUGUGAGUCUCGAAGCCGAUGACUUCUAUGGGGCAAAAGGAGAGCAUGCUGCUGGCAAGAUGAUAGCCAAAGCUGGGAGUGAAACUGGCUGAUCACACAACAGAGACUCCAAUGCCUGCAAGAAUCAGUCAAGAGCCUGCGGAAGGAGAUAAUGAGGCAAGCCCUUUCAGUGUAAUUGACCCUGCAAUCGGGAGUGAAACUGACAGGGAGGCUGAGGAGAAACGCUUUAAUUCAGGGAGCAAUGCAGGUGUGGAAUUAUUUACAUCAGCAAAAGUCUGCGAGAUGGAAACACCUCUUCCACUCUAUUCUGACGUGCGGCUAUCACAGGAGGUUUCAGGUCCCGACCAGAUCGGGCACUUUAAUCACCAUAGCAGAACACAACAGUUCAAAGAUGAAAAAGAGGACCUAUGGCAGUCAUACUCAGAUCCACCGGCUUGUUCUCUUCCCACCGACAAAACUCAAAACAAGACUGGCAACGAAGGCAGCUGUCACUGGAAAUCCAGUCCCAGCAUCAGUCAGUGCAGGCCAGCAGAUCCUCCUUCUGCAGAGGGUGUAAGACAAGAAAGCCAUGAUACUGUGGGACAUCAAUUGAAAGAGCAGGAUCAGUCCGGCUGUUUUCCUCUCAGUCCUGACCACCUAAAGACACAGGAGGUGGAAUAUUUACAGACAAAUUAUGAAAUUGCCAGAAUAGAUGUAAAAACUGAGAUAAAUGAAAAAGAAGGAAUGGCAAGUUUUGAAGAAGAAAUAAAAACUGAUGAACAUGGGAAGUCAGGAAUCUCACCAGACUUGGAGGAAAAACUGCUGCAACAAAAUAAAAAACCCAUAGAAGACACUAAACUAUCAACUGGUGACUGCAUCAGUGACUGGACAGAGGGCAACAUAAGUACAUAUGGCAACACAUUAGCACACAUUGAUGAUGAAAUAGGGAAUAACCUCGAAUGCUUGUCUGAUCACUCAUACAAUGCUGUAAUUAUGGAAUGGAAGAUGGAAGAGACAACAGAGGAAAAGGAAAGAGAGAAAGAGGCAAGUGUUGGAGAAGAAACUGAUGUGCAUGGUAACUCAGAGAUAUUAGGGAAAUCAGAGGAUGAUCAUCAGAGAGUAAGUCAACAGAAAAGAGACAUGACUGAGGAAUGUAUCAGUGAAUGUAGAGAGGACAACAUGUGUAGAAGUGGCCACAAAUUAACCUUUGUUAAUCAACAUGAACAAGAAAACAAGCGCAGUUGUUUCUCUGAUUACCAACACAGAGCUGAGAUAUUCAUGCUUGAAAAUAAAGAUGACCUUUCGGCGUUCACGUUCCCCCCAACAAGUGAUGCAGUUGUGCCAAGUCUACAUGAAUUACUCCAUUCACAACAUGCUGACAGAAACCCCACAGCCCUAAACGGUAAUGACAGAUUUUCCCCAAUGCCAUCUGCCUUAACUUUCAACGACCGUGUGGGCUUUGACACUUUCGAAAAGAUCCAGCUCUCACUAGAUGAUGAUGGUGGCCUGAGCAACAGCCGUCUUCUCACCAGCCUAGCCGGGCAGCUGUUGAAAACACCCGAGCAACAACUUUACCACUCUAUGCCAGAGGCAGAGAGCAAUGACCAUGAGGAGGUACCAGAAGAGGAGGAGGAAGAGAGCGAGGAGGAGAUGGAAAUAUUUGAAUGUUACACUGAGAACAUGGCAAAGGCAUUUUCAAGCAGGGAUACCAGUUGUAAUGAACUCCCAAACUGUAUCUCAGCAGCAUCAGCAGAUGUCAUUGCUCUCGGAUGGCCAGAUCAACAGCCUAACUGUGAAUCAUCUUAUAAUUCCUAUGAGUGCUUCGUGGAUGAUUUUAACGCACAAUCAGGGUCCUCCACUGUUCCCUCUAAGAGCGACAGUCUAGCCUCCGAUGUGAACCACAGCCCCAAAUUUCAGAUGAAAAAACAAUUUGACAUGGUCUUGAAAGAGCUGAAAUUAUAUUUUGAAAUCAGUCUAAGUGAUUUUGCAAGUGACAGUCGAGCAUCGACACCUGAGCAGUGUAGUGAUAAAACUGAAGCUUUGGAGGGCGACGCUUCAAACUGCAAAGAAGAAGUAGAACGCUACAGAGACACGUCAUCAGAUGAUGCGGAUGAAGCCGGCAGUCUGGAAAUGUGUGGAGGUGAUGCAGUGGUUUCUUGUACCUCUGGCAUCGGGGGCGGUGAGCAGGAGGUGCCCCUUGGCAGUCACCUGUGCCAGGACACAUCCAUGUACACUGCAGAGAACCAAAAAGAGAGCCGGGAUAUGGAGCAGAAAAGGAAAAUGUGGUCUCCUUCCUUCGGGUGUCAACCAUUCCUGGAACAACUGAGCCACAGACAGCCGGAGCAACACAGGAGACUGGAGCCUCUCAGAACAUGCACAAGGCCGAUCCGGGUUGGACUUUCAAAGAGAGCCAAGACUAAACACCUACACCGUCCCCACCCUUACAAGUGUUAAUGAAGCUCUCCUCUGUUGCAAUGUUCAAUAACUGAAUUGUUUUCUGGUUUUUAUAGUGUUUUAUAUUGUGAGUGGUUAUAGUUCCUGUACAUUUUAACUGCCUCUUAAUCCACGGAAGGUUUAAUCUACAAAAUGCCCAGUCACAUUUACAAGCAUCCUCUUAUAGGAGGUUCCCAUGUAAUCAGUCUGCUGCUGUUUGCCCACUAAACAGCUGAGCUGCAGCAGCUGGGGAGUAGGUUCCUUACCCAAGGACACGCUGACAGUAUUUGAAAGAGAACCGGCUUAAUGUUUGGCCAGCUGGAAAAAUAUUCUGGUUUUAAAAAUAUUUUAAGUAUUUAUUUAUUUAUUUAUGGCCCUAUUUCCAACCUAGCUUAGGGUUUUAUUGAUAUGCUAUUUGUACAGUUAAUAUUUAUUUAUUUAUAUUUAACUACUUUUUGCAUUGUUGUGUUGUUUAAAUGACAUCCACUUUCUCAGGUUUGUUCCAUAUAAUUUGGUUCUUAUGUGUAUCACUGUGGGCGUAUUGACACAGUAUUCUACUUGUUCCUGUAAUGUGUGGGCGUAUUCAGUCGGGGUAAAUGAGCAGAGUAUGCACUGUUACUGUGGUGUUGUGCUUUUACCAAUAAAUGGGUUCACGUGUACUGUGCAACAUAUCCUUGAGCAGUUCUGUGGGAGGCCAGCAUUUGAAAAUAGCCUGUUUACCAUUUAA